ACAUUUCAAAUUUCUGCAUCACAGAAGUAUAAGUCAUUCACCCAACUUCUAUUCAGUUAUCUAAAUUGAUUUGUAAAAUGAUUCUAAUUACGUUACUUGAAAAAAAAUGAUACAUCCGAUACUUUGUGCUGUAAAGUAUGUAAUUCUAUCAAAUGUGUAGAAUAUCUAGUCAUUAUAUAUUAAUUGGAAAGGAGUCAGUUAAUUUGAAAACUAUCGUCUAUAUUUAGCAGUAUUGAGUUGAAAAGACAAAUUAAUUUUCCAAGAUGAUGCCUUCCUAUUGUCCUCCAAAUGUUACAUUUGAUCAAAUAUGGGUCAAUGGCACUUCAAAAUGUUUUAUGGAUACCAUCAGCACUGCAAUUAUUUCUAUGUAUUUAUUAAUUUUUGGUUCAAUUCAGUUAUGGAUGUAUAAUCGAUAUGGAACUGAAGUAGAUAGACGUACUCUACCUCGAAGUAAAUUGUAUUUAUGUCAGAAGCUGCUAUUAUUCUUUAUGCCAUUUAUAAGUUUUCUACGAAUGAUUCUACAAGCCACUGCUAUUGAUGAUAAGCACUUGUAUGGAUACAUGGUUUUCUCUUCAAUUUUAACAAUAUUUGUAUACCCAUAUUCUUUCAUUAUUCUGAGAGUAGAGAGACAUAAAUUAUUACCUAGUGUGCCACCUCAAGGUCAUGGAAUUGUUUUACUUGGAUUUUGGACUUUAGCUUUCAUUGCUGAAAAUCUUGCUUUUUUGAAUUUGAAAAAUGAAGAUUGGUGGUUUAAAUUUGAUACACCGUCAAAUCAAAUAGAGAUGGUGCUAUUUGUCUUGCGUUACUGCAGUAGUCUCUUCAUAUUCAGUCUUGGUUUACGUGCUCCUGGUAUUAUUGGUGAUCCUCCAAGUAAUUAUCACAGUUUUCAAGAUGGCUCAAAUCCACAAUCAAACUUCUUUCAAGGUCGUCCUGAUGAAAAUUCUUCAACUUGGAAAAAUGCAUGGUACAAAGUCAAAACUCUGGCACCAUUCCUUUGGCCUAAAAAGAGUGUUAUGCUACAAAUACGAGUGAUUUUUUGUUUUCUUUUGUUAAUUGGAGGAAGAGUCAUCAAUUUGUAUGUACCUCUGUACAACAGAAAAAUAGUAGACAGUGUUACUGAAACACCAGGACAGUUCAGAUGGGAUUUGGUAGUGAUAUAUGUUGGUUUCAAAUUUCUUCAAGGAGGUGGUACUGGAGGUAUGGGUGUUUUAAAUAACUUGAGAUCAUUUUUGUGGAUUCGUAUCCAACAAUACACAACUCGAGAAGUUGAAGUUGAAUUAUUUAGACAUUUACAUGGGUUGAGUCUGCGAUGGCAUUUGGGACGAAAAACGGGCGAAGUACUUAGAGUAAUGGAUCGAGGAACUGAUUCUAUCAAUAAUUUGUUGAAUUAUAUACUGUUUUCAAUUUUUCCAACAAUCGUAGACAUCCUAGUUGCAGUAAUAUUCUUUGUUAUAUCUUUCAAUCAUUGGUUUGGAUUGAUAGUAUUUACAACUAUGAUCUUGUACAUAAUUGUAACUAUAACUAUUACUGAAUGGCGUACAAAAUUCCAAAGACGUAUGAACUUGGCUGAUAAUAACCAGAAAGCUCGUAGCGUUGACAGUUUAUUAAAUUUUGAAACAGUAAAAUACUAUGGAGCUGAAGAGUAUGAAGUUGAUUGUUACAGAGAAGCCAUUUUAAAAUAUCAAGUAGAAGAAUGGAAAUCUAUGAUAACUCUCAAUAUGUUAAAUACCUUGCAAAACAUAAUUAUUAGUUGCGGAUUGUUAACUGGAUCAUUGUUAUGUCUUCAUAUGGUUGUAAAUGGAGAGGGUUUAACGAUUGGUGAUUAUGUUUUGUUUGCAAGUUACAUCAUUCAACUGUAUGUUCCACUUAAUUGGUUUGGAACAUAUUAUAGAGCUAUUCAAAAAAAUUUUGUGGACAUGGAAAAUAUGUUUGAUUUGUUGAGAGAGAGACAAGAAGUUGUUGAUAUACCCAAUGCUAUUCCAUUGAUAGCUGAUAAAGGACAAGUUGAAUUUUCGAAUGUAUCUUUUGCUUACACUCCAGAGAGAGUUGUGUUGAGAAACGUCAGUUUUGUUGUACCUGCAGGAAAAACAGUAGCAUUGGUAGGAGCAUCAGGUGCUGGAAAAUCAACCAUUAUGCGCUUAUUGUUCCGAUUUUACGAUGUCGAUGAAGGAGCAAUUACUAUUGAUGGGCAAAAUGUAAAACACGUAAAACAAGAUACUUUACGAAAAGCUAUUGGAGUUGUUCCACAAGAUACAGUUUUAUUCAACAACACUAUCAAAUAUAAUAUCCAGUAUGGAAAAAUUGAUGCUCCAGAAGCCGACAUAAUUGCAGCAGCUAAGAAUGCUGACAUUCACGAGAGAAUUUUAUCAUUUCCAGAAAGUUACGAGACGCAGGUUGGAGAACGUGGACUACGUCUAAGUGGUGGCGAAAAACAGCGAGUGGCGAUCGCUCGAACAAUGUUAAAAGCUCCGAAAAUCGUUCUACUUGAUGAAGCUACCAGUGCGUUAGACACUCAAACUGAGCGCAAUAUUCAAGCAGCGUUGAAUCGUGUUUGUGCUAAUCGCACGACCAUUAUCAUCGCUCAUCGAUUGUCAACCAUAAUCCAUGCCGAUGAAAUACUCGUUCUGAGAGAUGGAGAAAUAGUCGAAAGAGGCAAGCACGAAGAUCUCAUUUCAACGGGCGGUUUUUAUCACGAUAUGUGGCAAGCGCAACUUUCAAACGAUCAGGAAGCCGUCGUUCCUACUGAUGUCAAUAUAACUGAAGAAUAAUAUCUAUCGUUGUGUUGAAAAUUUAAUGCGCAAUUGGUUAUUAAUGCGAGAAAACAGUCUCAGUACAAUCAUUCUGCAAUAAUUAAUACAUUAAAAUAAAUGAUGUUUAUCAAUUUGGAAUAUAUUUAAGUUCCUUACAGUCUCAUAAUGUGCGGUAAAAAAUGUAAAAUAAAUAUAAAGCGACUUGAAUGGAAAAGUAAAUUUUCAAAUUUUUAUAAAAAAAAGUGAAUUUUGAAUUUGUAAUUCACUAAUGUAUAUAGUGCGCGAAAAGUUAAGCUAAAACUUUUGCAAAGAGAUUAAUAAUACUACUAAAAUUAGUGUUUACAGAAAAUUUGAGUGAUAAAAAAGUUCUUAGAAAUGUAAUUUUCUCCAAGUCUGAAAGUUAGUGUGCACUGUAUUAUGAAGAUUAAAUUAACUAUUACAAAUAAUUUGUAAAUAAAACUUUUCGUGUAUGAACAAA